AUGCUGAAGAACAUAAAUAAUAAGAGAGAAUUUCACGAUUUUUUGAAGAAAGCAGCAGCCAACCUUGUUGUCGUCAACUUUUCAGCAAAAUGGUGUGGGCCUUGCAAAAUGGUUCGUCCUUUUGUUCAUGAGUUUGCCGUUCGAUACGAAAAUGUACGGUUCUGCAUCGUUGAUGUGGAUUUGGCAGAGGAUGUGGCGAACUGUUGCAGUAUUGUUGCCAUGCCAACAUUUCAGCUGUACAAGAAAGAACAGAAGAUUUUUGAAAUAACUGGUGCAGAUGUAAAAAAACUAGAGGAGAAGAUAAGAGAGCUGAUGUGA